CCUAUCAUCCGUAUAAAUCACACCUCGAUCUACUCCUACUCAUCACUACAAACAGGUAGUAAGAAGAGCAGAAAUGGGAGCCUUGGGACAGCCAAGGCCUUCUUGGCUCAUUACAAUGUUUUAUUGUUUGGCAUUUUGCUUCUUAGCUAGUACUACUGUUCUUGCUAACAAUCCUCACACUUAUUCUUCACCACCACCUCCUCACCAUGCCCCCCAAUACCCUCCUCCCAAGUAUCAAUCACCACCACCAAAAUAUCCUGAGCACCCUCCACACCAUUACAAGUCACCACCACCCCCGCCACCGCCGAAGCAUGUGAUACAUCCUCCGUAUCACUACAAGUCUCCCCCGCCACCCUCACCUUCACCUCCACCUCCUUAUGUCUACAAGUCUCCACCACCCCCGUCACCUUCACCGCCACCUCCAUAUGUAUACAAGUCUCCACCACCUCCAUCACCUUCACCUCCUCCUCCCUAUGUCUACAAGUCUCCUCCACCCCCAUCACCUUCACCGCCACCUCCCUAUGUCUACAAGUCUCCACCACCACCAUCACCAUCACCACCACCGCCAUACAUUUAUAAAUCACCACCACCACCAUCUCCAUCACCACCUCCUCCUUACGUUUACAAGUCUCCACCACCACCAUCUCCAUCACCUCCUCCUCCUUAUGUCUACAAGUCUCCACCCCCACCAUCACCGUCACCGCCUCCACCAUAUGUAUACAAGUCCCCACCUCCUCCUUCUCCAUCACCGCCACCUCCUUAUGUUUACAAAUCUCCACCACCACCUUCUCCAUCACCGCCUCCACCAUAUGUCUACAAGUCCCCACCUCCUCCUUCUCCAUCACCGCCACCUCCUUAUGUUUACAAAUCUCCACCACCACCUUCUCGAUCACCGCCUCCACCAUACGUCUACAAGUCCCCACCUCCUCCAUCUCCAUCACCGCCUCCUCCAUACGUCUACAAGUCACCACCACCUCCUUCCCCAUCACCCCCUCCUCCCUAUAUUUAUAAAUCACCUCCACCACCCUCACCUCCUCCUCAUGUAUACAAGUCCCCACCUCCACCUUCCCCAUCGCCGCCACCUCCAUAUGUCUAUAAGUCUCCCCCUCCCUCACCUCCUCCUCCUUAUCUCUACAAGUCUCCUCCUCCCCCAUCUCACUCUCCACCACCAUACUACUACAAGUCCCCUCCACCUCCAAACCACUACUAAGCCUACGUACGGCUACAGUUACGUAAAACAACUUGAAUCAAUUGGAAUAACUUCUUCGCUUUUGGAUGUGGGUAUACAAUUUUUUUUAUUCCCUUUUUUAGUAUUGUUUCUCUUACCAAAACAAAAAGUGUUCAUUAAUGAAUGAUUAAUUAUAAGGUUACGUGUAGCUCGACCCUUCGUGUAAUAUCAAUAUAUCAUCUCUGUUGUAAGCACUCACUGUAUUACAUUAUUUAAAGAAAUGAAAGCGAAGCAGAUGAAUCUUUAUGUGUA